CUUCCUAUUUUGAGGAUUUAACUGAUAAUAUGCCUAUCCUUAAAAACAAAGCUGUAAAAGCUAAAAGCCCAGUGGCUAAAGCCAAAACUACUGCGCUGGUGUCUGCUAAAAAUAAAGCCAAAAACACUCUCGCUUAUUACCAAUGUAUGUGCCACCAAGCCCAAAAAGGCAUCAAACCCAAGAAAAUCACCCAAGUUGCUCACGAAUGUAAAACUAAUGCUUUAAUUAUCAAUGCCAAAAU